UCCUUUCUCCUUUCAAGUCAGUCAAAAUCCAAACAUGGCCGUUCUGACGCCAUGUCGAGGGUCUUGAAUAUGUUGAACUAAAACGUGUGGCAUUCCUGAUGUUGGCCCAUACAAAAUCCCGUUUUGACUUUGAAAGAAAUAAAUUGCAAUUCAGAAAAUAUUUUUGUCGUUCAAAGAAAGCCUCAAAUGAGUUUUGGGGCUUUCGCCUUCAUGUGUAUGGAGUAAUAUGAAUUUGGACCCGCUUUCUUUUGCGUUAUCUGAAAUAAGUUAUACGAUAGCCAAUUUAACAAAGAAAAAUUACAAACAAAGUGUUGCUGCUAUAACAAGUCUUGUCAACCAGUACGGUGCUGAAGCCGAUAGGCAUCUCUUCAGGUGCCUUUUUUCACAUAUCGACUUCAGUGGAGAUGGUAAAAGCAGUGGCAAAGACUUGUAUCAGAUCCAAUACUUGAGUCAAGAAUUUAGUGCUCUGCUGACCAAACCAAACUUUAUUUCUAUUCUUUGUUAUUCUAUUGAUAAUCCUCUUCAACAACAAAAUAGCCUCAAGCCAUCAGCACAUCUGUUUUCACAAAUAAGUCGUGUCUUACGUUUGACUAGGGUACAGGAAGUUGCAGUUGGGUUAGCUCUCCUCAGCUCUUCCAAAGCAGAUAUUGUUAACUUUGCACUUCAGUUUGCAAAGCAGAAGUUGCCUGAGCUUAUCAGAUCUUACGUGGAUGUGGAUACAGGUCGUCAGGAGGGUGGACUCCAAGACUCUGAUAUUGAGAUACUUCACCUUCUGCUGUCCCAUCUAGUAACAGAAAGAGACCAACUUGGUAUUGCUCAAGAGACUUUAGACACCUUCUUAAAAACUGUCCGUCGAGAAUUUCCCAGAGAAAGAGUUCCAGCAAUUAUAAGUCCUUUUGUCUAUCCAACUCUAGAGGACAUAGCUGGGAAAAAACUCAGAGAUUUGGGAACCAUGAAAAAGAACAUGACUGAUAUAAGUAUUGCUGAUUUAAUGCUAGAAAGUGGAUAUGGUUGCACCAACAGUGUUGAAGAAUGCCGAAGCCUUUUCAAUCUAUGUGGAGCAAGGGAAGUUACAUCUGUUGCUGUUGCCCGCACCUUAGGAAUGAUGGCCCGCACGCCAACAACCCUCGGGGACCAUGUGCAACAGCAGACUGAUCGUCCGGAGAUUCCUGGAGUGUCAACAUGGAAUGUGGAUGUCUUUUUCCAAAUAAUCAAAGAAAUGAAUCCACAUCUUAAUUGGCGAGAAGUUGUGACAAGCUUAGAUUAUCCAAAAUUUAUUGUUUCCAGUAAGAAAGGUUUACGGCUACUAAUACAAGCUAUACAUCGAGGGCUUGGCCAGGAACCUUUCCCCAUUGAUCUGAUCUACAAACCAUGGAACAAUACUGAAGGACAGUUGUCAUUUUUAACUCAAGCAUUGAAAUACCCAGAUGUGUUUUGUCUUGCUGAUUUUAAAGGUGACACCCCUUCAGUAACGAUAGACAUUCUUAAGUCUGCACCAAAUGAAGAUGAUAGAGAAAUUUCAACCUGGAAAUGUCUGAGUCUGAUUGAAACACUGCUGCGUCUAUCUGACAAUGGACACCAUGCCCAAGUGUUUGAGUUGUUUAAAGCUCCUAUUGCCAAGUGCCCAGACAUUCUGGUGUUGGCCUUACUUCAAAUAACUCCGACUGUGAACAGAAUGAAACAAGAAAUCAUCUCGUCAUUAAUGCCAGUCUUUCUUGGACAACAUAGUAACUCAGCUGUCAUUCUUCAUUAUGCUUGGCACCAUCAGGGUCACUCCAGCAGUAUCAGGACUUUAAUAAUGCACUCCAUGGCUGAGUGGUAUAUGAGAGGAGAACCACAUGAUCAAGUUCGGCUUUCACGCAUUUUGGAUGUUGCCCAGGAUCUAAAAGCUCUCUCUAUGUUGCUCAACGCAUCUCCAUAUGCAUUUGUUAUUGACCUUGCUUGCUUGGCCUCAAGACGAGAGUAUCUGAAGCUAGACAAAUGGCUGAAUGACAAAAUUACAGACCAUAAGGAGUCGUUCAUCCAGGCUUGUGUUACUUUCUUAAAACGUCGCUGCCCUCAGUUGAUGGGUUUACCUGUCAAAGAAGAACAGCCUCAGGCCCGCAGUCAGCAGUUACCAUCAGAGACUGUCUUUACGAUGUUAAACUGCUUGAGAGUCUGGACCAUGCAUCUCAACCCAGAACUUGCUGAUGCUAUCAAUACAAUGCUCAACAAUGCUAGUGUAUAUCUAACUAAAGCCAGAGCUGCACCUGCUGGUCCCAUGCAAGCUUUAGGGCACAAACAACCUCAAUUUCCAGCUCAGAAUAUAGUCAACCAGCUGGAUAAUUUGAACAACAUAGGUGGAGUGCUUAGUCAGCCAGGCCCUGUGGGGCCCCCAGGGGCUCAAAACUUACCACAAGCCAUAGCCAGCCUAUCUUUGGGCCCUCCAGGAUCUCCGUCAAAGUCAUUCCAACCGAUGUCUCAACCUAAUGCGGCGGGCAUGAACUUUAACCCAAUGAUGAACAAUCAAAUGUCGACUGGCUUAGGAAUGCAAGCACCAAUGACUCAGGCAAUAGGACCUGGUCCAACUAGUGCAGGUCCUGGACCAAGGCCGCCUGUUAGUAAUUUAGCAGCACUCGGUCCAGCUAAUACAUCAACACCAAAACUAGGAUUGCCAAUAAGUCAGGAAAGGCUCGGGAACCGAACUGUCCAAUCAGGCAAUCCUGCUAGUGAUAUGUCCAACAUAUUCCCUGAAAUGACCCAAACUUUUAGCAAAGAAGUUGAAGAUAAGGCCAACACAUAUUUCCAACAGAUUUAUAACCAACCACCAGCUCCCACCAUGAGCAUUGAUGAAGUUCUAGCCAUGCUGAAAAAUUUUAAAGACUCCAUGGACAAAACAAAUAGGGAUGUAUUUGCAUGUAUGCUAAGAAACCUGUUUGAAGAGUACAGAUUUUUCCCUCAGUAUCCAGACAGAGAACUUAAAAUAACAGCCCAGUUGUUUGGUGGGAUUAUAGAACAGAAUAUUGUGACGUACUGGACACUUGGUAUAGCCCUGAGGUAUAUUCUAGAAGCUUUACGGAAACAACCAAAUACAAAUAUGUACCAUUUUGGAAUGAAUUCCUUGGAAAGGUUUAAAACUAAGUUAAAAGAGUAUCCACAAUAUUGUCAACACUUGGCCCAAAUACCUCACUUCAUGCAGCUACCUGCACAUCUGAUUGAGUACGUGGAGUAUGGAGCAAGGUCUCAAGAACCUCCACACCCACAAAUGCCUCACGGCAUGAUGAGUGAACUCAGUGGUCGGCCCAUGACCCCAGUCUCCUUGUUGCCUGGCCUUGUUCGUCCACCACCAAAUGACAAUAGCUCAAAUGUGCCACCGCCAUCACUUACUGCAGGGCCGUCUCUACCAGCAUCCACCCCGCAGACUACUGUACCCACCCAGUCUACGGCUGCACCUAUUGCAGCCCCCACCAGAGGAGCCACCUUUGCAAAACCUUCCAUUGCCACUGCUACCAAUAUAGACACACUUCUAGCUGGUCAAGGGAACAAUGAUGUCAUGGUGCCUUCAGAGGCUAUUCAAGACAAAGUAUUUUUCAUCUUUAACAAUUUGUCGCUGGCUAAUAUGAACCAAAAGGCUGAAGAACUGAAAGAAGUAAUGGGCACUGAUUACAUCUCGUGGGUGGCUCAAUACUUGGUCAUGAAGCGAGCCAGUAUAGAGCCCAAUUUCCACACGCUGUACUCCAACUUUGUUGAUGUCCUGGGCAUUGAGUCUUUGACAUCUAAAGUGAUCACAGAAACUUUUAGAAAUAUCAAAGUAUUACUACGCAGUGACAAAGGUGUGGCCAAUUUUUCUGAUCGUACAUUGCUGAAGAAUCUGGGUCAUUGGCUUGGCAUGUUAACGCUGGCUAAGUGCAAACCUAUAUUAACAAUGGACUUGAAUCUUAAAGCUCUCAUCUAUGAAGCCUACCAGAAAGGCAAUCAAGAGCUCUUGUAUGUAGUUCCUUUCUCAGCCAAAGUUUUAGAAUCUUGUGCAAAAAGCAAGAUUUUCUGUAAACCCAAUCCCUGGACUCUGUCUAUAAUGAAUGUUCUUGCUGAGCUUCACCAAGAGCCAGACCUGAAGCUCAACCUCAAGUUUGAGAUUGAAGUUCUGUGUAAAACUUUAAAUAUUGAUAUAGCAACAGAGUUGAAGCCUACCAAAUACUUGAGGGAUCCAACCAAGAUGGCUGUGUUAGAACAUCAACUGUCACCAGUUAAACCUCCAGAAGAUCCAGUUUCAGCUACUAUGCCUCAGCAGCCUACAGUAUUAACAAUGCCACCAAUGGCAGGGAUGCCACCAAUACAUAACCUGCCAGUACUACCACCUCCGCCUCCGAAUAUUCCACCCCCACCUGCCGUUGUCCCAUUGUCUGCUGGUCCGGGAGCUGGUGUGCUGCCGCUGCAACCAAAGUUUAGCAUUCAUGACAUCAACACCAACACCAGUCUGGCAGCCUUCUUACAGCAGCAUUUUGUGAUCAAUGAACAGGUGUUGUAUAUACAAGCCAACAUUUCCCUGAGAAACAGUGUGAUUGGAGCCAUUGAGAGUACAAUGCAGGACUUUGUUGUUCCUAUUACUGAGAGAGCUAUCAAAGUAGCUGUAGCCACUACUGAACAGAUAGUCAAAAAGGAUUUUGCUUUAGAUGCCGAUGAGAUUCGAAUGAGAAAUGCUGCUCAGGCUAUGGCAAGAAAUGUGUGCGCUGGUCUGGCGUUGAUCACUUCUAGGGAGCCAAUGGUGCAACAAUUGAAGCAUGCAAUACAGUCUGCACUGGCUAGUAACAUCCGUGGGCAAAACCCAGCCCAGUUGAAAGGUAUUGAAGACUCUGCAGUUAUCUUGGCCAAUGACAAUGUAGAAAUCUGUGCCAAUUAUAUCCAGAAACUGGCUGUAGAGAGAGUUGGAGGUGAAAUGGACAAAAAACUGGCUCCUGAAUAUGAAGCUCGUAAAAUUACCAGACAAGAAGGUCGCCGCUAUUAUGACCCUCAAGUUUUAACUUACCAAAAUGACCGUGUCCCUGAUCAGAUAAGCCUCAAGGUGGGCUCUAUAACUUCUCAACAAAUGGCUGUGUAUGAUGAAUUUGCUCGCCAUCUUCCUGGGUUCCAGCCACUGACAGACAUCAUGCUGCCAUCUGGUGCUCGACAGACAUCAACUAUGAGCAGUCAAGAAGAAUUGAGCCAUUUGUAUGAGAAAAUGGUCCAGGAGAUAGACAACCACAUGCACAUGAUGGCCAACCCUGCUGUAUUUAUUCCACACCUCCAGCAGUUGAUGCAGGCUAUUAAUGUAGCCCGUAAUACUUUAGACAAGAACACUGCUACUCAGCUGGUGCAGAAGGCUAUUGAAGGACUAUCUGAACAGUAUACUUUAACUACAAUGGCCGAUGGUGAAACACUGCUGAGAUUUAGAGAAUGCCAUUUGUUAGUUUUGAAGACUUUUGCAGAACAUAGAGCUUUUGGUAUGCCGUGGGUCAGUAAAGAAGUCACAAGAUGUUUGAUGCAAAGUAGAGAAGAUAAUCGCUACAAUCUGGAUGUGGUUGAGUUGCUGAUACGUAAUGGCUUUGUAAUGAUGCCUCAGUAUGAUUUGUAUCUUGCCUCUUUAAUGGAGAACGGACUGAAUCAGAUUGGGAUCAAUUUCACCACACAAUUAAUGCAGCGACUCUGUGUUGAUGACAAGUCAAGAGCACCACAACAGAUUUUCUCUGAGUCGGACUUCACCAACAGCAUAGAAGCUCUAAGUAUGAUUGGCUCCCGCUCACGUCAGACUCAACCAGAGAGUUUGCCUGCUCUCAUUGAGUCGCUGCGGGUUACCAACACUUCUGCUGACUCUUCAAGUCUAAUGGACCGUGUUCAUGGCAGUGUGACCUCCAUGAUGCAGACAGGCAUCACACAGGCUAGGGAAUUUGAUGACCCAGCUGGUCUUCAUGAGAAAACAGAGUAUUUGCUACGGGAAUGGGUCAACAUGUACCACUCUCCUCAAGCUGGACGAGACAGUUUCAAGGCAUUUAAUGCUUUUGUCCAACAGAUGCACACUCAAGGGAUUCUGAAGACAGAUGAUCUAAUAACUCGUUUCUUUCGCCUGUGCACCGAGAUGUGUGUAGACUUGUGCUAUAGAGCUCUGAGUGAACCAGGCCAGUCCACCACUAUGAUUCGAGCAAAGUGCUUUCAUACACUGGAUGCCUUUGUGCGGCUGAUAGCUCUGUUGGUGAAACAUUCUGGAGAAACAAAUACUGUGACAAAAAUCAAUUUACUGAACAAGGUGCUGGGCAUAAUGGCGGGAGUGCUGCUUCAGGACCAUGAAGUACGCUACACUGAGUUCCAGCAGCUCCCGUACCACAGGAUCUUCAUCAUGCUCUUCAUCGAACUGAAUGCUCCGGAGCCAAUACUGGAAGCAAUUAACUUUCAAGUCCUCACUGCUUUCUGUCAUGUGUUUCACAUCCUGCGUCCUGCUAAAGCUCCAGGGUUUGCUUAUGCCUGGCUGGAACUGAUAUCUCAUCGAGUGUUUAUUGGAAGAUUGUUGGCGCUUACUCCACACCAGAAGGGCUGGGGAUUCUAUGCUCAGUUGCUUGUGGACUUGUUCAAAUUUCUGGGACCUUUCUUAAGAAACGCAGAGAUGACCAAACCAAUGCAGUUGCUAUACAAGGGAACAUUGAGAGUUUUGCUGGUGCUGCUUCAUGACUUCCCAGAGUUCCUGUGUGACUACCACUAUACCUUCUGUGAUGUCAUACCGCCUAACUGUAUACAAAUGCGCAACCUCAUACUUAGUGCUUUCCCACGCACCAUGAGGCUGCCAGAUCCCUUCACGGUCAAUCUUGUAGUGGAGCACCUGCCAGACAUCAACAGAGCUCCAAGGAUUCUCACCAAUAUUGUUUCUUUGAUUCAGCCAGCUACUUUCAAAAAGGAUCUGGACUCUUAUUUGAAGAGCCGUUCACCAAUCACUUUCUUGUCUGAAUUGAAAAGCAAUUUGCAGGCCAAUCCCCAAGGUUGCCGCUAUGACAUCCCACUGAUCAAUGCCUUAGUCUUAUAUGUGGGAACUCAGGCCAUCCCACUGUUACUGACCAAGGGAGUCAGCAUGAGCACCAUUGCCCCAAGUUCUCAUAUGGACAUAUUCCAGAAUUUAGCUGUCAAUCUGGAUACUGAAGGUCGCUAUCUGUUUCUGACUGCUAUUGCUAACCAGCUGAGAUAUCCCAAUAGCCACACCCACUAUUUCAGUUGUGCUCUCCUCUAUCUCUUCAGACAGGCGAAUGAUCAGACUAUCCAGGAGCAGAUAACCAGAGUUCUCUUGGAGAGAUUGAUAGUGAAUCGUCCUCACCCAUGGGGACUUCUCAUCACUUUUAUUGAGCUCAUCAAAAACCCCUCCUACAAGUUCUGGGAACAUGAGUUUGUUCGUUGUGCGCCAGAAAUUGAAAAUAUUUUUAUGAAAAUGUUUCAGGCUCUUUGAAAAUGUGGCCCGCUCUUGUUACCAACAGAGGCAGCAAGCUCCGCAGCAAAACAUGCAACGAGAAGAAACUCAAGUGGAUUAGAUAUUCCUACUGGUGUUCAGUCUCUCGGGACUUGUGUGUGCAUUCUAUACUGUACAUUGGGAAUUUUAAAGUCUGACCCUGUGUUUUUUUUUAGCCUGACAGUAGUCAAUCCGUGAUGUAUUCCUACAGGAUUUUAUCCACCUGGUUUUUAACUUGAUUCCAUGUUCAGGAGAUUGAAAUCUAUUUUAAGCCACAGCACCCCCAUUGAACUGUUAAAUAUUUUUAGGUUUUGUAUAAAAGUUGAACAAUGCAUCUAUGUGUUGGCUGUGUACAGGGGAUGUGUACAUACUUUGUACAGGGAAAGGACUUGAUUUUAAAUGUAGACUCUGGAUAUUUUAUUCAUUCAUGCAGACAUGUGCAUUGAAAUAUUUUUUUUUUCCUCUUCUUUAUUUUCAUUCAUUUUAAUAUUAUCACUUGGUCAUUGAUGGUGUGGAUCAAAAAAUGUACAUUUGAUGUUUUGUAUUGUUUGCUUGUUGUGCCUGGGUAUCUAAGAUCACUUUGUACUCUGGAUCAUCUGAACUGGACUUUGUACUCUGGUCAACUGGACAAAGCCUUAGGAGGCCUGCAUGCUGUUGAGCACUUCAGUCUGCUACAUCUACUCAUCCCUCAGAAUAGUUUCAUUUUCUAUGUGCAAUUGAUCUUAGAUGCUUGUAGGCAGUUUGCCUUGACCUUAAAUGUGGCCUUGACCUAAUGACUACUUGUGCGGAAGUGUCAUUAGGUUCAAAGCUCUCAUUUCUUCCCUUUGUAUUAUAAGCUUCCCCUGACCUUAGAUUUGGGAUACAGUUUCUAUUUGUGUGUGUGUUUAUAGAUGAAAUGUAUAAUAAAUGUGUUAUUUGCAUUUAA